AUGAAGCUUGUUCAUUUUCUUCGUAAACUCGUAAGAGAAACAGUUACUGUUGAGCUGAAAGAUAAUACAGUAAUCAAAGGAACUGUUGUUGGUGUUGAUUCAGCAAUGAACACACAUCUUCGUCUCGUUCAUAUCAAAGCACCAGGUCAAGAGGAGAAACGUCUCGAAAAUUUAACAAUUCGUGGAGCAUCUAUAAGGUAUGUUAUUUUACCUGAUGUACUCAACUUAGAUACACUCCUUGUCGAUGAUAGCCCAACAAAAACAAGAAUGCGCCAUGGAGAAGCAAAGGAAGAAAAGGAUCGCAAGCCAAUACUUUUCCAACAAAAGAAAUGGUAA